AUGGCUUCCUCAAGCUCCUCCACCACGCCAGCAGCGCUGAAUGCUCUGUCAGAUACUGCCGUCGCCUUGAUGCAGCAGUUAGAGGCCGUUCUCCAGAACAUCAACAGUGGCAAAGACACCCCCCAGCAGACCGAUACCUCCUCCGUCGAUGCCUUCGCCCUCGCCCGUAACUCAGCUUCGCUGAUUAAGGCGCAUUCGACCAAGAUAUCCGUCCUGAUUAUCAACGAACCCUUCACACCCUCGGCCAUCGUCAAAGUCCUCCGCGAACUCGUCAGCGGCCCGAUUCCCGGCAUCGCCACCGCAGGCCAGGCUUGUGAUGCCGACCGCUAUACGACUACUGUUCGAAAGGACUUGGCUUGGAAAUGCUACACAGUAUUGAAGGAGCUCCGGGGCUUGAUUGAAAAGAUCCCCAGGGAUGGCAAGAUUCUUUCAACGGCGCAAAAGUCGGGCUCCACGGGUGCACCAGGCAAGGGAAGCAUGGCCGCCACCGGUGUCGUUUGGUCUGCCUGCGACGACUUGGUGCAGUUCUCCACAGGUGGUAUCGGCGGCUGCUUCAUCAAGAAGGUUGAAGAGUUCAGGGCGACGUUGAAGGAUGUCAUGGAAGAGCUCAAGGAGUGGGGCGAGGAGGAGCCGGAUGAUGACGAAGACGACGACGAUGCCGUUAAUGACUUGGACCGCGACUCGGCCCUAGGCUCCAUGAUGCCAUCAGCGCAGGAGAUGAUUGACGAUAUGAUGUCGAACCAGGGGACGAUUCCUCGCGACGACCCCGACAAGAUCCGCAACCGUCUCGAGUCCUGUCUGAAGCGCGUCAGACUAACAACGCUCCUCUACCAAGCCAUCAUCAAACGACGGCUGAAGACGCUACCCUCCCUUCCUGCCGAUAGUUCCGAUAUUCCCAAGCGCCUUGAUGAGUCGAUGCAUGUCCUCAGGAAACUACCGCACAUGUUCGACGAGCUGGCCGGCGCAUUCUACGAGCUCUCACCUGACGAAAUCGAUCGAGUAAUGAAGCUAUGCUUCGACGAGAUUGUUGCUCUUUCGGACCUUUUAAAGGCACCUUGGACUGGCGAAGGCGACGAGUUUUCUCAGUGGGUUGUCAAGUUCCAGGCUGAAAUCAAGAAGGGCUGA